AUGGACCCGCAGGUGGCGGUGCAGGGCGGGGACUGGGUGUCGGCGGUGACGCCGCUGCUGAAGCUGCUGUGCCUGACGGUGAUCGGCCUCCUCCUGGCCCACCCGCGGGCGCAGGUGGUGCCCAAGGCCACCUUCAAGCUGCUCAGCAAGCUCGUCUUCGCGCUCUUCCUGCCCUGCCUCAUCUUCGUGCACCUCGGCCAGUCCGUCACGCUCCACAACUUCUUCCGCUUCACCGUCAUCAUGACGGGCUUCGGCAACACGGGCAACCUCCCCAUCGCCAUCAUCGGCUCCGUCUGCCACACCGCCGACCACCCCUUCGGCCCCGGCUGCCACCGCGAGGGCAUCGCCUACGUCUCCUUCGCGCAGUGGGUCGCCGUCCUCCUCGUCUACACCCUCGUCUACCACAUGAUGGAGCCCCCCAUGCAGUACUACGAGAUUGUCGGCGAGGGCCACGAGAUCGAGGAGGAGCCGCAGCUCAGCAACUUCAGCCGCCCCCUGCUCCACGAGGCCGAGUGGCCCGGGAUGGCCGACAAGGAGACGGAGCACUCCAAGACGCCAUUCAUCGCCAGGAUCUUCGCCAGCAUCUCGGGCUCCUCGCAGAACACCUUCCCCGACAUCGAUUUCACCGAGGAGGGCGGGAUCUCCGGCGCCGGGCCUAGCAGCCCCAAGUCGCUCCGGUGCCUUGCAGAGCCGAAAGUGGUCAGGAGGAUGAGGGUGGUCGCCGAGAAGACUCCGAUUCAGCACGUCCUUCAGCCGCCGACCAUCGCCUCCUUGCUCGCCAUCAUCAUCGGCAUGGUCCCCGUGCUCAAGGCCUUCGUGUUUGGGGCUGAUGCGCCGCUCUCCUUCUUCACCGACAGUUUGGAGAUCCUCGCUGCUGCUGUGGUGCCCUCGGUGAUGUUGAUUCUGGGAGGCAUGCUCGCAGAAGGCCCAAAUGAUAACGCACUGGGUAUCCGGACCAUCGUCGGUAUAACCGUCGCAAGGCUCCUGAUACUCCCGUGCAUUGGCAUCGGCAUCGUGAUGCUAGCAGACAGGUUGCAUCUGCUCGUCGAGAACGACCACAUGUACCGGUUUGUGCUCUCACUGCAAUACUCCACCCCCAGUGCCAUCCUGCUUGGAGCAAUCGCAAGCCUGAGGGGUUACAGCGUUAAGGAAGCAUCCGCGCUCCUCUUUUGGCAGCACAUCUGUGUCUGGGCUGGCCACUUUAUCCUCAGAUCCAGACAUGCCGUUGAAAUACAAUCCAGACAUUGCUUUCAGAGAGUGGAGUAG